AAGCAGCGGGAGAGAGAGAGAGGGGGGGGAACACAUACGGCAAAUUCGAACCCGCAAUUAAACAAUUGAUUGCAGAAAAAAUGCCAGAUGUAGCAAAUGUUAUACAAAUUAAAACUCCUUCUAUGCAAUUUAAUAUACAUGGUCACCUUUUGUCAUUCAAUAACAUCGAUGGUUAGUCAACACAGAUUUAAGCUUCUCUUUUUUUGAUUGCACAAGUAUAGGGCUUGGUUAGUUUUCUGUAUCAUCAUUGGUUGUUUCUGUAUAAUGCUAUGUGUGGCGUAGAGGUAUAAAAGUUCCUAAUCUGUAGUUCAGCUUCAACUUGAGGAGGAGGAACUGUUCAACUGAAAAGUUACAACCUCCACGGCUGCAUUCUUACACAUUUAUUGAAAACAGAACGUGAAAAAGUUGAAAUGAAGAAGCCUGCUCUCCUCUCUGCAGUCCUGCUGCUGCUGUUUUUUGUUGGGACAUCAGCUCAGGGUAACACUAACUUCAAAGUGCAGGUGAAUGUGUCACCCAAGAACAUUAAGACCUACAGCACUUCUACUGCUUAUAGAGGAAGCCUCUUCGGUGGACUGACGAGACUGAAAUACUCAAACCAAGGCUUCAACUUUCAGUACAUACCAAAUGAUGACUAUGGACCAUUCCUUCAGAGUGUAAAUGGUUUGGCAGGAAAUUCAUCAUACUACUGGCAACUGCUGAGUGGUAAAACCCCACUCGAUGUUGGUAUGGGAUGUUACCUUCCAACAGCAAAUGAAGUCGUCACCCUGAAAUACACGAAAAUUUAAGACCAUCUAAAGUCUUAUUGUUACUUAUGGUCAACCAAUACACUUUGAUCUUUGGCAAGUUGAGGUUAAUAAUUGACUUGUUGUGUCAUUUUUUUGCUUGGGAGUCUUCUAAUCAUAAAACGGUAGCCUAUCACUAGCUUACAUUCUUUUACUGGGUUUCUGUCAGACUUUAUGAAUUAAGAUUACAGCGUUAAUCUACAAUUCUGCCACAGUGUAGUAAUCUGGAGUAAUAGAAAACUCCAUCAGUCACAAGAGCAAUCAGUAAAACAUAUACAACACAACAACUUGAACUGUUUUUUAAUUUACUGCCUUUAUGGCAACUUUUAUUGUGUUUGAGAGCAAUUAGUAGUUCUCAACUUGCCCCUGAGUGCCAUAAUUUUACAUUCAAAUUCCAUUAUUUGAUGCUUACAAGUGGUCUCAGUUUUACUGUAAAGGGAUGGUGUGGUUAUACAGUUGACUGCCCAGAGACUGCUGGCCAGCAAAAACAGCAAGGUGGGUCAGCUGCUGACUCCAUGUCAAAAUAGCUUCUUUAUCCUGCAAAUCAAGUUAUCAACAGCUUGCAAGUCAAAAGGCUUCUGAGAUUGACUGGGCUGCUGACCUCCACCUGGAUAACAGCAGGUCUCAAGAUCAGCUGUGAAAUUAAAGCUAUUUUUGAGCUUUCUGGGGCUCCUAGAGGGGUGUGAGAGGGGCAAAAUAAGAUCAAUUUCAUUGCUGAAUAAUUUUUGUAUUAGUGCAUUUUUAUUGUUUAAUAAAAUGUUACUGAUUAUUAGUGUUAUCUUCUGCAGGCAUUAAAUAAAGCAUGUAACUUGUAGUCAAAGUAAAAUGUUUCUAGCCUUGGUUUGUUUUAUUUUUAGACAAGUUUUAUUUAAAGUGUUGUUAGCAUGUCCACCAUUAUGUAUCCUAAGACAAAGACAGAUCUAGACCAAGGGUGUCAAAAAUAAGGCCAGAGGCCAGAAACAGCCGUGAGAUUAUCAUACUAUCUUAUGCCACCUUAUCCUUCUAAUCAAAGAAUUGUUGAAUCAUUAUACAGCUAUAGGCCACAUUAUGCCUUGGAUUAAAAAUUGUGAAAUCAUUACACUGUUUUAUGAUGCAUUAUACUGCUGAGUUAUAAGAAAUGCUGUUUGUGUAGAAUCAUGGUGUUCCUUUUGUGAUUACAAAGAGAACAGAACAUACUGUAGAGGUUUUCUGCCCCAUCUCAUCAGGCAGAGAUAAAACAGGAAGCCAAAGCCGUCACUUAGGCGCCAUAAGAGAGAAAGAAUGUGGAUGUUUUGGGUUUUUUUUGUC